CAGACAGAGUCCGUGUAAGGCAUUUUUGAAGGGUUUCAAGCGAGGUUGCGUGUUAUUUGCUCGUUGGGCAAUGUGGUGACUGACUUUCUUUUAUUUGAACGCCGGCCAAACAUUUUUCAACAUCAAUAAGAAGAGAAUUGAAGAGAAUGGAAGCAAGCAACAAAUACUUUCACGACUCUUUUCCGUGCAAGAUAAGUUCGGAUUUAGUAAAGGGCAGGAUCUUGUUGGCAACCAGGGACAUUUUGCCGGGGGAUUUGGUUUUCGAGGAGCAACCUUUGGUGUCGGGGCCAUCAAUGAACAAAAACGAGGAGCCAUCAUGUUUGAAUUGUAUGAAAAUGAUCAAAACUGGCACAUGGUCUUGUUCCCGGAAUUGUGAAAUAAUAUUUGCCAAGACAUCCGAAUAUAUGCUGGUUUCAAAAGUUUUAGAACACUGCCAAGACUGGAAAACAUUCUUCGACGCAUUCUUAAUCUUGAGAUGUUUGAGUUUGAAGGACGAAAAUGUUGAACAAUGGGCCUUGAUCACGAGUCUAGAUCCUAAUCACGAGGCACUGUCCCAAGAUAAGGACUUCAUUUGUUGUGAAGACAAGAUCGUUAAUGUUAUUCGAUGUGAUAUGGAACAAUCUCAUCAUAAUGCAGAUGAGAUUCGGCUCCUUCAUCGAAUCCUCUACAUCAACGCUCUUGAAUAUCAUCCUCAUCCAGGUAGGGUGACCAUAAAUAACACUUGCAUAUACUAUGUAACCAACAAAAUUAGUCGUUUUUUAGACGAACCAAGUGGAGGAAAGGCUCUGUUUCCAAUUACUUCAUUUGCCUCCCAUGAUUGCUUGAAUAACACCUUUCGGGUCCGAACUUGGAGGAAGGAAGAGAGACAUGGUCCUGUCAUACAAACCAGGGCUAAAGUUCUUAUACAGGCUGGCCAAGAAGUCACUCUGCAUUAUUCCGGGGGAUUGAAAGGCCGAUGGGAGAGAAGGAAGAUCCUUUGGGAGGGUUGGUGCUUCGCGUGUCAAUGCUUAAGAUGCAAGUCCCCGUCAGAGUUGGGAUCCCACUUUUCUACCUUGAUCUGUGGAGGUCCUGGAGGAGAUGGGUCCAAUUGUCGAGGCAAUUUGUUGCCCAAUUUGGAUCCCAAUCUGACCACUUUGAACGAUGUGACCGAUUACGAGUGUGACUUUUGCCAUAGCAAAGCUGAUGGCACAACGGUGCAGAAACUGGAGGAUCAACUCACCAAAGCCAUUGAGUCAACGUUCACGGACGACAUUGAGGGAUUGGAAAGUAUCCUGGAUCAAUUCGGCUCCAAGUUUCAUCCUCAACAUUAUCUGAUCUCCAUUGUCAAAUGGUUGCUCGUCAAUCUCUUGGGGCGAAAGCCAGGAUUUGCCAAUAGCCAAAUGAGUCGGGCAAGGUUGGAGGGGAAGAUUAAGUAUUGCCAAGAUUACUUGAACGCCUUGGACAUAAUUGAUCCGGGAAUCAGUCACAACAGGGGGCGGACUUUGUGGGAGAUGUACUCAGCCUGUGUGUUUCAGUCGCAAAUUGACUUCCAAAAUCAGACCAUCUCCAAGAAGGGAUUCCAGGAUUCGUUACCAAAUUUGCGACAAAUCCUGUUGGAAGUCCAGAGAUGUUUACGUUUCAGUGAAGGUGGCUCCUUUGAGGCGAAAAUUGUGGAGCUUUCGCAAAAAGCUUUGAUCUCAGUAGAUGAAAUAAACAAGUUCUUAGAUAUGAUGCCUUAACUGAUACGUUCUUGUAAUAAAAUGAAUAAAAGAUGAGGUGACACAUCACUACAAAA